CUAUCCGGCGAAUGUUUUACAAUUUACAUUCAACAAUCAACAUUGCUCGACACACUUCGUGUUGUACCUAUUGUAUCAUAUUAUUAAUUAUAAUCCAGUAUACUUUAUAGUGUACACCUACUUGUCUAUGUUAUAAUCCCGCAUCAGAACUGGUCACUGGACACUAUCGAUAACAUGUCGUUGUCAUCGCUGCGAUCGUUGCACCGAGCUAUGCGGAGUUCACAGGCCGGAGUCAUAGACCCGAUGCAAGUGGACGCUCCUCCCGAAGAAAACGACAACAACGAAGAAGAACUAUACGAAGUGGAAGUCGAUUCUUUUGAUCUCGAAGCGUACUCAAACAAUUACAACGGUUUGGCGCGCAUCUACAGAUUAAUGUACAUCGCCGAUCACUGUCCGAAAAUGUGUACCGAAGCUUUGCGUUUGGCCAUCGCACACGUCGUUACCACAAUGAACGCUAAUUUGUAUCAAGUGCUCCAUCAAAGACUGCAGCUGAGUGUUGGGAUUGUACCAGACGUUACUAGCGUUAACUCUGCAGAUCCCAUCAUUGCUUUCAGUUCUAGUUGGGUAGAAACCACCACCCAGAAAGCCGCAAUGAAACUGGAAAAACUCGACGGAGAUCUGAAGAACUACAAGAGCAAUUCGAUCAAGGAAAGCAUACGACGAGGUCACAAUGAAAUCGGCGACCAUUACGUCAAUUGCGGAGACCUGAUCGAAGCCACCAAGAGCUAUUCAAAGGCUCGCGAUUAUUGUACCAGUUCUUCUCACGUCAUUUCCAUGUGCCUUAAUAUCAUUAAAGUUGGAAUAUAUUUACAAAACUGGUCGCACGUGGCGAAUUACAUCAUCAAAGCGGAAUCGACUCCGGAUUACACCGAAAACUCCGAUCUGCAGACUACAUACAGUUCAACGCUAAAAUGCAUGACGGGCCUGGCCGAAUUGGCCGGUCGUAAGUACAAAGUAGCGGCUCAAAAUUUCUUGCAGGCCAAUUUGGACAAUUGGGACUACAAUUGUGAAGUAUUAACACCAAACGACGUGGCUGUUUACGGUGGACUCUGUGCUCUGGCCACGUUCAGUCGAUCCGAACUACAGACUUCCGUAAUUUCUAACAACGUCUUCAAACUAUUUCUUGAGCUUGAACCCGAAAUACGUGAUGCCAUUUUUAAGUUUUACGAAUCUAAAUACGAAAUCUGUUUGAGAACGCUUAAUAAAAUUAAGCCCACAUUGCUCCUCGACAUGUAUAUAGGAUCACACAUAAAUACACUCUUUUCCAACAUCAGAAGCAAAGCGAUGAUUCAAUAUUUUAGCCCGUACGAUACGGCUUGUUUGAAAAAAAUGGCAAUGUGUUUCAACACUUCGUUGCCCGAUCUAGAAAACGAACUCAUGGAACUCAUAUUGGACGGACACAUUAAAGCUCGAAUCGAUUCGAUAAAUAAGAUUCUUUACGCGGUGCACUCGAAUCCUAGGGCCGAGACUUUUGAAAAAGCUUUGGCCAUGGCCCAACAAUAUAGUAAAUACACUCAUAUCAUGAUACUGAAAAGCCAAGUGAUCAAAAACCAAGUGAACUCGAAAGCGGGCGAACGUCACAACAACAUAGGAAAAACCAUCAAUGUUGAUUUCGUUAAAUUAUAAGGUUAAUUGUAUUUUUAAUUUUUUAUCGUUAUUGGUACAGAUUGAUAAAUAUUCCUUUUCGUAACUAAUUAUAGUCAUUUAAUAUAAUUAAGUUAUUUUUUUUUUCUUUCGCUUCACACAUUGUUCAAAGUAAUAGUAAAAAUAUAAAUAUCAAUUAUCAUAUUUUUACUUUUGGUUUUUUAAUUUGUAUACAAUAAUCAAUUUAAAAAAUUAUUGUUUCAAAUAAUUACGGUUAAUUUAUUAAUUCCAAAUUUGUAUUUGAAAUUUUCUACCGUUUGACAAUAUU